AGAAGUUUACCUAAACAUCAAUGAUGUGGCUUGACCAGGGGCUGUCUACAUAAUACUAAAGUUCCCAGCACCACAUUUUCUAUGGUGAAUUGGCUUGAUCGUGAAAGAGACAGCUAUUAGCAUCAACUGGGUACCCUUUGUGCAAUUCUUACCUGGGCCGAUCUCCUCUAUUCCUCCUACCCCAUAGCAAAUUUGCGCAUUCCUACAGAUUCAGCGCAAGCAAAAUGGUUGUCUUAGCAGCAUCUAUUUGCACCCGAGGCGGGAAAGCUGUCCUCUCUAGACAGUUCCGUGAGAUGCCCCGAUCACGAAUCGAAGCCCUCCUCGCCUCUUUCCCCAAACUCGCCGAUUCCGGUACACAGCACACUACCGUCGAACAAGACAAUGUUCGCUUCGUCUACCAGCCUCUGGAUGAGCUAUACAUGGUUCUCAUUACCAACCGCCAGUCCAACAUCUUACAGGACAUUGACUCUCUUCACUUGUUCGCGCAAGUGGUGACUAGCACGUGCAGAACCUUGGACGAGAGGGAAAUAUUGAAGAAUGCCUACGAACUUUUAAGUGCCUUUGACGAGUUGGUUUCACUUGGCUAUAGGGAAAACCUCACUAUUAGCCAGAUCAAGACCUUCUUGGAGAUGGAAAGUCACGAGGAGCGCAUCCAAGAGAUUAUCGCCCGAAACAAGGAACUAGAAGCAACCGAGGAGCGCAAGCGAAAGGCCAAGCAGCUGGAGUUACAACGAAAAGAAACCGCGAGAACCGGCCGACCCAGUGCGCCGCGCACGCCCGUGUAUCCGACUUAUACACCACCUACUCGACCUACGCCUACGGAUACAUACGACACUUAUGAAGCUGAGAAGAAUAAGUCACACAAGACAACUAUCAUGAAGGGCAAGGGUAUGCAGUUAGGCAAGAAAUCCAAAACUACAGACAUGUUCGAACGUGUGCGGGGAGAUAUGGGAGCCGAAGUAGACGAGUCACCCCUAGUACCAAUCACCCAUGCGCCUGCUGUCGAACCCACAGCUCCGCGAGCGUCUCUAACCUCGGACCGCGAUGCCAUCCAUGUCACCAUCAAUGAGGCCAUCAGUGCGAAACUGUCGAGAGAGGGUUCACUCAACUCUCUGACUGUUGGCGGUGAUUUGAGUCUAAAGAUUUCCGACCCUAACUUGACCAAGAUCAAACUCAACCUCACAGCCAACGCUUCCCAUGGCGCUCAAUUCCGUACUCACCCCAAUGUCGACCGCUCCCACUUCAACAGUGGCAAGGCCAUCCAGAUGAGCAAUAUAGCUCGUGGUUUCCCUGUCAACAACGCCGUUGGAGUUUUGAGAUGGCGAGCUACGCCCAAAACGGAUGACACGACCGCUCUCCCCAUUAGUUUCACUGUAUGGGUGAACAAGGGCUCAAAUAACGAUUACACAUUUACCGUUGAAUACGAGCUAACCGGCGGUGAUACGUUGAAGGAUGUUUCGGUGGUCAUCCCGUACGUCACAAGCGAGCCAUCCGUUUCCAGCUUCGAUGCUGCCUACGAAGUGACGGGAGAUAGCUUGGAAUGGUCUAUCGGGACUGUCAGUGAUGACAAUUCUAACGGCUCCUUUGAAUUUGAAGCCCAGGCGGAUGAUGAGAAUGAGUUUUUCCCCAUGCAAGUGCGAUUCUCGAAGACUACGCCAUUCGUUGAUGUUGAUGUUCUGUCCGUGGUAUUGGUGGAGGAGAACGAGGAAGUGACUUUCUCGAAGGACAUCAAAUCGGUGGCUGAUUCUUACUUGGUCGAGUAGGAGGUUUAUAAGGAUAAGAGGCUUGGAAUUAAUGAGUUUAAGCAUGAUGCGAUGGGGAAACGACCAGCAAAAGGGGUUGGGAGAUAAAUAUGUUCACACAGAGCUAUGAAGGUCCAAAAUUAAGCUUGCUAACCUAAAGAAUUGUGAAUAAUGUUGUCUGAUUCAACUUGACGAACAUUGAAGCACUUAUAGCCCAAAGUACAGAAGUACAGAAAUACAGUCUUUUUGUACUGAUAAUAGCACUGUAUUCAUUACUUGGCCAAUCCACUAAUUUGC